AUGAGAAGUGAUGAAAUGAUACUAAUGUGCAGUUACUGUCUGUCAAUACUACCUGCGAUCUAUCUGUCAACACCAGUCCACGAUCUGACGAGGGACGUACAACAGUUUGCACUCCUAGUUUCAGUGAGUUUUAUUAUUUGUCAAGGACGAAACGAAAACUUGCAAUUACUUGCAAACAGAUGGGAAUCAAUCGAUCAAUUGGAAAGAGUGAUGAUGGUGAGACAAGUUCCGCCAUAUCGAGCUGUGCAGCACCUCAAACCGUUCACUAUCUACUAUCAGCCACCACUCCUUCUGAAAUUGUCGUCAUUCUGUGCCGUCUCAUGGAAUUGUAUUCACCCAUCAUCGCUCUACACAAACUGUUCUGAAUUUUCAUACUGA